CGCCCACAUUUGGUCUUCCUUGUAUUCUCACGAACUUUUGUUGAGAAAGAUCAAAGAGUAAGAAAUGCGUGAAAAUCCCAAGCUUACCAACGCCUUCAAAGCUUCCAAAGACUCGUCAAGUGAAGAAUCAAGUGAGUCAAGUGAUUCAAAUGACUCAAGCUCCUCGGAAGAAUCAAAUGACGAGGAAGAUGAAGAGAAGGCAAUGAGAAUGAAAUAUACGGAUUUCCUCAAAUGGAAGAAGUAUGUGAAGAGGAAAGAAGUAUAUUCGAAGCCGAAAAAAGAGCGGCAUAAACCAAGGACCAAGAACACACUUCCACUCUUUCUCCUUUCCUUCAUCCUGGCUACUGCCCUACCUUCAUUACUCCACUUCCUAGUUCAAAACAUGUCUCACACCUCCCAAAACAUCGCCAAGGAAGAUUUAGUUGCAUCCAAUGCUGAACUCAAAGCUCAAGUUGAGUAUUUGGCCAAACAUGUGGCUCAACUUACCAAGUUGAAAAUGAGCAUGGUCCAAACUCAAGAUGAAAGCGAAGAUGAGCAAGAAGAAGACGCCCGAUCAGAAGUUCCUUCUCCCACCAUGAGAAGAAACAACCAAGAGAAGUCUUCCUCUGACUUCAAGGUUGAAAUGCCAACCUUCGAUGGAAAAGAUGACCCGGAUGAUUUCAUCGAAUGGUUAGAGACGAUUGAACGCGUCUUUGACUAUACCGAAGUGCCAAAGGACAAGAAGGUCAAGCCUGUGGCCUUAAAAUUCAGAGGCUACGCAUCCACGUGGUGGACUAACACUACCACCAAGCGCAAAAGAGAAGGCAAGGCUGCUGUUAAAACAUGGACCAACAUGAGGGAUUUAUUGAAGAAGAAGUUCAUUCCCACUCAUUAUAUAAGGGAAAACUUUGCUAGGCUUCAACAUCUAAGGGAAGGAAAUCGGUCCGUAGCAGAAUACAACCGAGAUUUUGAAGAACUCUUGAUGCGUUGUGAUCUCCAAGAGAAUGGCUCGCAAAGUUUUGUGAGAUAUCUCAUUGGCCUAAACACCCAAAUCGCCAACACCGUGGAGCUGCAAACCUUUAAGAGCCUUGAAGAGUUAACCAAGUUAGCACUUAAAGUGGAAGCCCAACUCAAGAAGGGCAAAUCUUCUUUGAGCCGAGAGUUGACACACUCUUCGAAGGGAGUUGGACAUGACUACCUCACCUCCCUGUGUUGUAGGAGAGAUGAUGCACUCUUCGAAGGGAGAUGGACACACCUGGUUGCAAUGGAUGUUCUACUGCUAGCUAUCAAUCUUGGAUGGCAGGUACGGAUCAAGGGUUUGAUGAGGAGCAGCCUGGAGGACAGUGAAGCAUGACGCUCGUGGAUGACCGAAGCUGUUUUAUUUAAAUUACCAGAAUGUUGGAUUUGUUUAUUUAAAUUACCAGAAUGUUGAAUGUUGUUUUUUAAAGGCUUCCGCAACGUUUCAGUUCUUUACUCCGAUUAAACUAUAAAUUGUUUC